AUGGGUAUAGUCUGUUCCAGGCUUCACAUGGUUCUUGAGCCAGCGAGGAGAGACAGAGGCAGGACGGGGCUGGCCCAGCCCUCGGCAGCUGUUUAUUUCAAGACAGUCUCUCGGUCUCCUGCAGCCAGGGCUCAGCCCCGCCGAGCCGCCCGGCUAUGCGAGGCACCGGCCGCAGCCGACCCAGCCGGGCCCCCCCAGCCCCGGGCUCCUUCGCGCCGGCUGGCCCUAGGGCGUCCGCCCGCAAGUGAAGAAUAUGAGACAAGGUGGUUGCUGAGUGAAGAAACUGUUGCCUCUGCUAUGGAGUCAGGUACCUGUGUAAUGCUCCCACUGGUUUCCUGCCUCCACUCGCUGCAGCUCUGGACUGUCCUGCUUGUGGCCUUAGCAGUCUCUUCACAUGGCGUUUGGUCUCUUCGUUCCCGGAAUCCCCUUGCUCCUCGGCCACUCUGUACCCGUCGCAGCCCCUCAGCUGCCAGGCCUGUUUGCAUUUGGGACAAGAACUCACCGUCAGAGAGAGACUCUCGCUUCAUCACACUGCGCCAGCGAUCUCUGACGCCACGGGACGGGGAGCUGCGUCAUGUGAUGCGGCUAAGGCGCCAGGCCCCAGGGGCCCGGCCUGCCACCCCCUCUGGGUUUGAGGAGGGGCUGCCUUCAUCCCAGUACCCCUGGGCCAUUGUAUGGGGCCCCACAGUGUCAGAUGAGGAUGGAGGUGACCCCAACUCAGCCAAUCCAGGCUUCCCACCUCUGGGUUACACCUUUGUUUCACCACAUGGGAUGGCAACGGCACAACCCAACUCCCACUCGCUGCUGCACAAUGCGGGCCUCAACCUGCGGGAGACCCCCGCCACGCUGAGGCCCUUCUUGUUUGGGCCCCGGGGGGAAGGUGUGGAUCCUCAGCUGUAUGUUACUAUCACAAUCUCCAUCAUUAUUGUCCUAGUCGCCACUGGGAUAAUAUUCAAGUUCUGCUGGGACCGUAGUCAGAAGCGUCGUCGUCACUCUGGCCAGCAGAGUGGGGUGCAGCAGCAGGAAAGUCAGCAGCCACUCACAGACCUGUCGCCCACCACAGUCAGCAUCCUGGGACCCUACGGAGACACACUGGUCCCGACACCUGAGACAGAGGAGUCCAGGCAGGUCCAGGAGGGUGUAGAGAAACUGGGGGGCCAGGGGAAGAGCAGGACCUUCCAGCUCAACCGGAUCCCACUGGUAAAUCUGUGAGAGCAGCGGAGCUGGCUUCCACAAACCCUCUUGUCACAUCCAGGGAGUGUUCUUUUGCCUCUGCUACACCAGGAAUGAUUUGCUUGUGUCACAACUUUCCACCACCAUCAUUAACUUAACCAUCCCAGGAUGUAUUCGGGCAAUGGACAGACUGGGCCUCACUGGUCCCAUGCUGCGGGGGAGAGGAAGCAUGGGGGUAACCCACAAGAUGGGGUGACAAGGGAGUGGGGGGCGCAAGAGCAAUUGGUGUUGUGAAAUCUAAACCUCCUGACCCUCCCCCAACAUAUACACACGCACUUUGAUCUCUGAGGAUAACCCACCAGUGCAUGCCUAACAUGGGGGUAGGGGAGGUGGAGAGGCGAGGUCCUACCCCCAGUCCCAACCCCUCUGUUUGUUCCUUCCUGUGUCGUGUGCUUUGAAGUGUCUUCCGAAUAGCUGGAGCUCCGUGGUUGCAGAAUUCCCAGCCUUAGGCAGGGAUUCCGAUGGGGGUGGGGGGUGUCUUCUGCUAAGGCCUUGAUCUCUCCUGAGGGACCCAGGUGCUGGCAGCAGCUACUGGUGGGUGUUGGGAAGACCUCACUCAGCACCUGCCCCCCCCUUCCCUGCGGGAACCUUGCCUCUCCCUCUGUCAGUUCUGUCUUUUUGUUUUCUCUUUCUCCCAAUGCUCCUCCUUCUCUCUCUUCUCUCUGUCUCUUCCUCUAUCACCCGGUCAUCAUCAUCAUCUCUCUCUCACUGGGAAAGACUGCAGAAUAGUUUCCAUGCUUGCCCUGCUUCCAGGCACUCAGAUCUUUUGGACCCCACCUCACCAAGAUUGGUCUCCACUCUAAGGUGAUGUUUUCAGAAAGCUUGAGGCAAAAUCCUCUGGCCAUUUUGUAGUUCAGGAAGUAUGAAAAACAAGCCUGAGCAAGCUAACUGCCCUGCAUACAAUCCUGAGCAAGUCUUUUAUAGGGCUACUGCAAAAGCAGUUGAAGCAUGACACGUGGAGAUGGAUGGCUGGGAACUGGGGCCAUCCAUCUAGGUGUUGGGUGGGGAAGUGGCUUGGAUUUAACAAAGGUCUGAUGAUGGUUUCAGCUGAGCCUUCUAUCAGGACCCAAGCAUCCCAAAUGGGGUGAGGAAAGGGCAGCGGAGGCAGUGAAGGACUGAUGCCAUGGGACAGGCAAAGAGGGGACCCACCCUGUCCAUGUUGCAAAAGGGAGCAGUUCAGAGGCCACAUAUGGGAAUGUUUUGAGGUGCUAUAUACCAUUCAGUUACUCCUGGACUGCUCCCAGCCCGUCAGACAGCACUUGUGAGAGACAGAGAGAAGGACAGACAGAGGUGGGAUAUUCACAGGUGAUACAAUGGCUAUGUCGUCACUACCAGAAAAGGUGUGUUUGUACAAUCCUAGUGGAGACAAAGCUCUGGAGUCUCUGUCAUGAUGGAGCUAGUUCAGGUCAGCUAUUGGUUGGGGGUAUAACAUUAACCUCAUCUACCUAUCUUGCAGUAAAAAAUGGCUGUGCCUUGUCCCCACUAGGAUUUUACAGUGAGCUAGCCAACAUGAGAUAGUCAUCUUGGGGUAAAGAAACCACUUUUUUUUUUUUUUUUUUU